AUGGCUUCCCCAACGCCCUCAACCUCGGGGUCUAUUGCAGUAACACCUUCAGCGAGUCGGAGCGAAGAUCCACUAGCAAAACCUGGCGAUGCGCAGGACCCACCGAAAAAGCUUGCCGAGUUCCUGUCUGUUGGCUCGUCCACGCGGCCAGCAUGUGAUGAUGUCCCUGCCGACGCGUACUCGAUUCUCUGGUGCACUAUAUCCGACUGGAUUGGCACCAACCUGGCAAGUCACACCGUUGGCUAUGGUCUUCGGCUUGAGUGGACGCGGUCCUUCUUUUUCUCGGCCUGGUACUCAUCCGAAGGCUUAGCUCAACGGAUGGUGAACAGAGGUGUACCCGCAUUGUUGAUCGGACGACUAUUUGCUCUAGACCUGGGUGCUAUUCAAGCCGGCAUGCAACUGAUCAUGGCCGGUCAAGGCGCCAGCUCUGGCGGGAUAGAUGCUGCAAAUCUGACCAAGCCUCUCUUGGCUCAAGGCAGACUUUGUUGUCUAGGGGCCACUACCCUCGCGGAAUACCGAAAAUACAUCGAAAAAGCUGUGGCCUUCAAACGCCGAUUCCAGCAAGUUAUCGUCAAUGAAUCUUCAGUUCCCGAGACAAUUUCCAUCCUUCAAGGUCUGAAAGAGAAAUACGAAACUCACCAUGGUGUCACCAUCCUCGACAAUGCCAUCGUCACUACAGCCACUCUCGCCCACCGAUACUUGACGGCCCGUCGAUUACCGGAUAAUGCUAUUGAUCUGGUUGAUGAAGCAGCUGCUGCUGUCUGA